AUUUUUUGUAAACGAGAAUAUCUUGAUUACUUGCAAACGGUAACAAUUAUUUUAAUACUUGCUCGUUCAAUGAAAUGGUGCGCGGUAGAUAGUCACCGUAACUAGAAGCUUUCAAGUUGUUGCAAAACUAUAAGUUUCAGAGAUUCAAAUUACCGUUUAUGACAAGGUGGUCGAUUUAACAUGAAGGAUGAAUAGGAGCGAUCACUAUCCCGCAUUCAAUUCGUUGUAUCUACUCAAUUGCUGUGAACUGAACAAUUCAUCAAACUACUUAAGCCAAACAAGUCGCUCCCCUUCGCAACUAAUAUGACAAAAAUGAUACAAAUACUCUAGCCUAUGAAAACUUUAGGCCGACCUUGGAAAUGCUUCAUUCUGCUUCGCACUUAAUAUACAAGAAAACCUAUUCCUCUUUGGAAGCGAUACGAAAUCACCACAAUACGAACCAAGAGAAACUACGAAGAUCUCUCUUACACUCUUGGCGCCUUUCCUAAUUGUUAUAGUCUUAGGAGUUCCGUCUGAGUUUCUCCCUUCUGUCUGUUCAGUUGACCAAAACGACUUUUCAUUAACUGCUCCAUGACCUUUUCUACUCUUCCUAAACAACGUUGAACGAAAGGCAACUAAUUGUCACCUUUAUGCAACAAAGUUUCGUUAAGUAAAGUGAGGCGUUUGCUUGCUUAACCUCCUUAAUUCCCUAAUAAAAGAUCGACUUUCACAGCACCCUCUUUUCGCACACAAUUCAAUUUAGUACCAUUUUUGGUCCAUUUUCUCCCUCCUCACUCCUCUGUAUUUUCCAGCAGGCUUGUAUUUCCCUGUUAUUUUGUAUUGAUAGGGAAGUGCGGCAUUUUUUCCACCCACUUUUUUCUUGCAUCCUACAUUUUGACAAAACGUUGUUUCGGCGUUUUUCCACCUAGAAACGAUGUACAAUAGCUCUGAUGUACUUCUCGUCGGAGUAAGCGGUGCUUCCUGCAGCGGAAAAUCGACACUGUGUCAGCUGCUGCAUGCUGUCUAUGACAAUUCGAUCAUUCUGCACGAAGACGACUUCUAUAAGACGGAUGCUUUGAUCCCCAUUCACGAUGGUUACAUGGAUUGGGAUUGCGUAGAUGCCAUUGACUUUCCUAAAUUUCAUGAAGCACUCGUGUACAUUAAGCAGCACGGUGAAUUGCCAAAAUGGCUGCUCGAAAAAGAAGCAAACCAGAAUGUUGCCACGAAAGCAGUUGUAGAAUACGCUGAUGUAGUCCAGGCCGGCCGGAGUUUAGUUACUCAACAGCCUGGAAAGAAGAUUAUUCUCGUUGACGGGUUCAUGCUUUAUGUCUCCAACCAGCUGAUUGACUCUUUUGACGUACGUAUCAUGCUGCGAGCAGAUUACAAUGUCCUCAAACAACGACGUGAAGCACGCACUGGCUAUGUUACGACAGAAGGUAGUAGACCGGCACAUCUUUCCCCAACAGAGAAGUGCUUCUGGCAAGACCCCCCGGGAUACUUUGAUAAGUUCGUUUGGCCCGGAUACAAGGAAGGCCACCAGCACCUGUUUGAAAACGACAAUGUUGAGGGCCGUAUCAUAGAUCCUCGCAUCAACAUCACUCACAGAAACGACAUGACUGUGUAUGAGAACCUCGUCUGGACCAUCGAAUUGUUACAGCAUCAUCUUCAGUAAACCCACGCUAAUCAGUUUUUUCCUACAUUUCUUGACAAAGUUCUUAUACCCAGUUGUGUCCCCUUAACAAUUAUCACACACUCACACAGACACGUCUAAUGAAAAAACAAUUUAAGCACUAUUCUGAGCUCGUCUACAUCAUUCUUGAACCCGUACUAAAACCGUUA